AUGAAGACUGGUAAAUUCCCGCCAGAAGUCUUCAAACUAAUUUUAAAUCAAUUAGAUAAUAUCUCAGUGUAUUCUGUUUUGGAUUAUAUCAAUAUUUUAAAAGAAAAUGUCGACAGUUUGUUGCUUUCUUUGAUUUUGGAUAAAUUAUGUUUUAUUGCCUUGACGAUGGAUAAAGAUUCUCAAUCAAAUUUUAAGAAAUGGAAAAGUUUGUCUCCUAUACUUAAACAUUCGAGUAUUAUUUAUAUGAGUGAUGCCGAAAAUGACAAGGUAAUAAUCUACAAGGAAUCCAUUAAAAAAAUUAUUUUUAUUGUAGAUGAAAACACCAUAAUACCCUCUACAUUUGACUUAAAGAAACGUAUUGAUUUUAAAAAUGUGAAUAUGGGCCGGAUUGACUUUGAUAUUCUGUUAUGUUCUUACUCCAACAUAGAAUUAGCUAAUAAAAACUCGAUAAUGGAGAAUGCUGUCACAUUUCUUCAACAACUUCCAGAAUGGUUAUUAGGUAGGUUUAGUAAUCAUUUAAUGAUUGAAUUUGAAAAUGACGGAAACGAAGUCGAUGCAGGAUCAGACUUAUUUGGCAUACUUUCUGAAAAUACAUCAUCUUAUUAUGACCCCUCUAACUAUAUCCAUUUUAGACAAAUAACUUUUCUAAAUUUAAAGAAAUUGUUUAUAAGAUAUACUACUAUUGAUACCUAUAUUUUCAAUAUUCUUUCAUCAAGUUCGAGGAAUCAUUAUAACACAGCACAUCUGAAUACACCUACUCCACAAAGUAUAUUUAAAAAUUAUUUGACGUACUUAAACGUAAACUGCCCAGUUCUACAGAAUAUCACAUUUAGAGAAUCAAUUGUACCUAAUGCCAAUCAGGAUCAGACACCAAUCAAUAUUUCAAAAUAUAUAGAGAAAUGCAACUUCAUUGAUUUGACAAUUAACACCAUAGAAAAAUUUAAGAACAAUGACGUAAAUUUGAGAUUUUUGUUUCAACUCCACUCGUUAAAGAACUGGGAAUUACCUUCAAUAGAAAGCUUUACUGGUCAUCGCUUCAAAUUUGAGACAGUCACGAAAGGGAAAGCUGACACUUACUCUGCAUCAGCUUCGUUAAAUGAAAACCUUUCUCUAUUAAAAGAAUUGAUUUUAAAAGAGACAAGAGAUGCCAGUCCAUAUUUUAGACUUAAUUUGAUACCAGAAGGUGUAAAACAUACAAAAAUAAUUAAUUGGGCCCCAUUAGAACAUGAAUCGAAUAUUGGUAAAUUUAGUUAUUCAAAAAGUCCAAUUUUAUUCUUGAAUUGUUCAUCUUUGGAGCAUUUACAACUCAAGCCAUUAAUCAAGGAAAAUGCAAGAUUGAUAAUAAUACAAGGAUUGUACUUACCAAGAUUAAAUGAGUUGACUUUUUAUGAACUAAAAGAUCCAACUAGCAAAGAGGUUAUGAAAAUUAAUGAGUAUAAUUUGAAAGAAAGUAUCUCUGUUUCUUUUUCUUCGUGGAAUGAUAUUAGUGAGAUUACCAGAAUAAGUGUUUCAAAUGACAGUGUCGUAAUAAGACCAUAUCAUUUUGUGUUUAAUAUUGAUAAUUUGAAAACGAAGUUACCGAAACUAUCUCUAUCCAAUAGUUUUGAAAGUUACAUUGAUGAAAGACAGAAGUUUAUAGUUGUGUAA